AUGAACUGUGACCAAUAUGCUUCUGGUGCUUUCCGCGAGUUGGCCAUGGCACUAGGUAUAAGGAACUGCCCUAGAAAUUAACACACCAUGCAUAUACGGGGAACUGAAAAGAAGCACAAAUCAAUUCUAAGAUAGAGUAGCAGUUUUAUUAGUAUUUGCAAGACGCACUGGAAAAUAGCAAAAAGCCAUAGCCGUAGUACUGAUACAGACGAUUACUCACUGAGUUAUGCAUAAAAGAGCAUCCUUGUCAACUGUUUUUUGCUAUUUUUAGUUUCUAGUGGCCCAUUUGAUCACGCUGGCUUUGUUUUGUCUUUCUUAUUUGUCCUAUCGUUUUUUGAACUUUGCUGACCAUAACGAAAGACAUCUCUGCACCAACACGGGGUGCAAAAAUUGAAAAGGUUUUAUUUUCAUCCGACAAAUUGAUUACAAUAGAAGCCGCGUUUGGCAGGAGUAACAUCUAGCAGGGUCUAUGGUUUUUUCACUUAUGAUCGCUUAUGAAGACUAUUUAAUUUAUGGGAAUCUAAUUUAAACAAGAAGCUGCGCAAAGAAAUGUCUCGAAUCAUCGAUCUCAUUACAACACUGAAAUUGGCAACAGACCGGAGUAAAAUCCACUAAGAUUUAUGAUCCUGGCACUGUUUUAUAUGGUCUUGCUUGAAUUUGUUUAACUCAAAAGAGAUAUCAUUUUAGUUAUGAAACUGCAUAUUGAUUCUUUUCUUGCAAAUGCUCCAAAAACAAACAGCGCCAGAAGCUCCUGGGCUCGUGGUGGUGGAAGGAGGGAGAGACGUUGAGCCUUACCGAACACAAGCCGAGACUAGGCUAUACUGUAAAAAUGAAGCUCAACUUAAGUGUGAUGUCCAAAGUUGAUAAUGUUUUCUUCGUUCUUGUGAUGAAACCCUUACUUCUUGGUAUUUUUUAAAACCUUAAUAACAAGGAAUCGAUCGAUUUUUUUCCCUAUGAUUUAUUUAGCCUAAGGGAAUUUUAGUCUGGGUAUGAAACUAAUAACUCUGGAAGCGCUGUCUUCGAUUAGUUUGACUUGUGUUGCUUGCUUAAUUUUCAUGGGAAGUAUGAAGAAUCAGCAAUGCUCGGGUCGGAGAAUGUGGUAAUCGAGUUAUUUCACCAAAACUCCUGGAGAGGUAGCUACAAGGGCUGGUACUGCGGAGUAUACGGGAAACAUAGCCGACUUUUGUUUUUUACGUCGCAAAAAUGUAAAUUCCUUGAAAUCGUAGACUGUAUGUUGCACAUAUUAUUUGCAUUUAUUACACGGGGUAUUGAAGAGCGCAGUGACCGAGACUAAAUCUCUUAGUAUUGUCCCUGAUCGAGCUGUAACUUAUCCUUACACUGAUUAGAUGAGUUCCUCUUUUACCUAGUAAACAUCAUAAACGUAUUGCGUUUGCAGUUCUGUUGCUCAGUGCCUGUAAAGAGUAAACAAUUUCCGCAAGGAGUGAUCGAACAAUUUCAAAAGAAGUGAAUGCCCGAGGGCACACUGUUAUUAAAAAAGACUUACGGUCAGCUGGAAUGUGUUUAGCAGAGCGGUUGGUGUUGAAAAUACCUAGAUCUAUCAGUCUGGGCAAGUACUGCACCAUUUCGGUAGUUUACCCUUCUAGGGUUUGCAUGAUUCUUAGUUUUAAACAGUUGACUAUACUACUGAAUUUACUACUGCUAUGCCUUUAGGUAGAAUUCUUUUUUCACGUUACUAAAGUCCUUCUAACAUUGGGCCAAAUUUUGAUUAAUUUGGUUGUGCAAAAUUUUUUUUUUGCAGUUUAAUGUCGCUUUUUCAAAAUACUCGGCUACCUUUUACGUAGAAUCAAAACUCAACAACUCCCGCAAGGCAUCUGAAAAAAAGAAUUCCUAAAAUUAAAGUAAACAGCUCAUGCGGAAUAAGAACACUGGCAGAUUUAAUCGGAAUGGUUACGCAUUUUUCAAUGGAACGAGAUUCAUCAAAUGCUUUUCAUAUCUGACUUUAAUAGUGUGUGAAAAGGUAAAACUGGAAUUCUAUCACUAAAUAUACAGUCUAAACAGCAUGGAGUCUUUGAUAGCUACUUGAAAUAUUAUUUAAAAAUCAGUAAGUGGUGGCUCUUAUCAUGUAGUUGUUACAUACAAGACAUUUUAUCACCACUAUUAUCAUCAUCAUUAUUAUUACUAAUACUGUUAUAUCAUAACAUCUUAUAACGCAAAAAAAAGCAGCACAGAAACUAAGCUUAAUGGCGUUUUUAUCAAAAUGGCAAAAAAACUCAGGAAGUGCUUUAUAAAUUCAAAUUAUAGGUCGAAUUACACUGAAUCCUUGAAAAGUUGCUGUGUUAUUGUACCCCCCACACCCUAAAAAUUUCAAGUUUCCAAGCAUUCAUUCAUUCAAAUAAUCCGGCAACCAAAAUAAGGACAGGGUAUAUAGUGCAGUACUUGUUCAUAUUACAUGUCGCGGUUCAAUUUUAUCUCUGCCUUGGUUUAAAUUGCCUUUUAUGUGUUUUAAACUUACUAUUAUAGAUUUAGCGCGUUUGUAGAAACUGGGUCCAAGAGAGCAAGCGCGCCAACAAAAAAUAUUGCUUUCUUAAAACAGAAGACUACUAAACAGGGUCACGGUUUCGCCAGACUGACCAGGGCAUUCACAUGCUACGAAGGCUGUAAAAGUAUUAAGAAGCAAACGACGUAAUUUUUGCUAAAAAAAAUUUGCUUAACACUAAGGCGAGAAAUCGGUUCGUAUAUGUUGACUUAUUAUUUGCUUUCAGUUCAGUGGCAAUUUUCAGGGGCACCCAACGUAAAUUUUCGGAAAAUAUCUGUUCUGAAGACGAUUUGAGAUCUAGAAUUUUCGGAACAUUUGUAGUAAAAUUUCUUGCUUGCCUGCCUCUCCUAGGAUUUUCGAACAUCUAAAAAAUAGUAUAAUUGCCCAUUUUUAACGGAUUUUUACCCUUAAAAGGUCGCCUAGAAUUUUCGGGAGCCUUUCUUCUGGCUGAAAUUUUCGAAAAGGUAAGUUUUGAUCCCUAUAACUUUCGGACCUCUAAAAUUUCAGCUGGGAAAUCCGAACAGAUGAAAAAUUAUUAGGGGAUAAAAAUAUGUCUAUAUCUACUGUUUAAAUACUUUAAUAUGGUUAGCAAUGCUAUGUUUAAGUGGUUUUGAACUAUAUUCUCGUUGGGUGCCCCUGAAUUUUCUUUGAUGAGAGCACCGUGAACGUUUUAAAUUUGUUUUAAGAUAAACUUCGUUGGCAUUUUAAAAAACCAGUUGAAACCAUUCGAAUUCUUUCUACUUCUUCCUUUUUAUUUUUGAUAAGAAGAGUUUAACGGCCUUGUACAUUGUUAUUUAGAGUCUUGAUCGUGCGGUAUCAAGUCACGAAAAGUGCAUCAUGUCUCCUAGCCAGGGGCACCCAACGAGAAUAUAGUUCAAAACCACUUAAACAUAGCAUUGUUAAACGAAUUUUAUUAUUUAAACGGUAGAUAUAGGCAUAUUUUUAUCCCCUAUUAAAUUUUUCAUCUGUUCGGAUUUCCUAGCUGAAAGUCUAGUGAUCGGAAAAUUAUAGGGAUCAAAACUUACCUUUUCGAAAAUUUCAGCCAGAAAAAAGGCUUCCGAAAAUUCUAGGUGACCUUUUUAGGGAAAAAAAUCAGUUAAAAAUAGGCAAAUAUACCAUUUUUUGGAUGUUCGAAAAUCCUAGGAGAGGCAGGCAAGCAAGAAAUUUUACAACAAAUGUUCCGAAAAUUCUAGAUCUCAAAUCGUCUUCCGAACAGAUAUUCUUCCGAAAAUUGUCGUUGGGUGCCCCUGCCUAGCCCUGCAUGAUUCUUGAAAACACCAUCGACCACCGGGAAAAAAAUAAGAGAAUUUUUGAACAACAAACACCUCUUUCCGUCUUGACAAACCCUAGUCCGUGUUAUAUAGUGAAUAAUUUCAUUGCACUUUUUUGUAGUAACAAAAUUAGCAUGAUGUGUACCCAUUUGUGGCUGACUGUUUACAUCACGUCUUCUGUUGAAAGUUAAAGACAAUAUUUGUGUCGCAGAAGUCACUGUAAUUCAAUAGAUUUUUUUCUGGUCUGUCUCCUCAUAUCUAAAUUGGCCGUUCUGAAUUCAUUAAUACAGUGCCUCCGCCGCGAGUUAUUGAAGCAAGGAGUUACAAAUGUCGUUGCGCCAUUUUUAAUUAAGGGUGGCUAAAAUUUGUUAAUAUCACCGUCAGAUGAUUUGUAUAUCUACUUAGCGAAUGCUUCAGUUAUAAUUUUCCCGUGAUAAUUUUCAACAACCUUUACAACCUUCACCGCGGUAGUGGAAGAUUGUUUACACUGAGACAAGAAGACUGUUCAGUAUUGAAGGUUAGAUGUUAUCUUUUAUUCGAGUUAAUUCAUUCAACCGCAAAAAAUCUUAGAUCUCAUCGUCGGAAAAAAAAAAGAAAACCGAUUUGUUCUUUUUUAAAGUACUGCCCAAGAGCUUUCAUCUGAAUGGACACGCGCCUUAGGAUAUUGUCCACAGUCGCCAAAGUUAGAAGACAAUUGCAUGUUUUCUUUAUCGAGAUUACCAGUUAUCAAAACAGCUAAUGUUUUAUUGGCACUUUGAAAAUGUACUUGUUAACGACUAUAACCAGCUCACUAAAUGCACUUUCGGGGUACUUAAAUUGUACUUCUAAGCAUGAGAUUAGAGAUGAGACUUAAUUGGACACGAAAGUACCUCACGCAAGCUUUAUCGAUGCCUCAUGAUUGUUGAUGUUUUUUUCCUCAGCCCACUGCCUCGUUAACAGCUGAGCAAAUUAUGAGUGGGUCAAGGCUAGCAUUUUGGUUAAAGAAAGACACAAAAGUAAAAGAACACGCGGAAAAAAUAGAGAUGUAAAGAAAAAGAGAAAACAAACAAGACAGAAAAUAAAAGGCAAAACCUGAAAGAGAAGAAAGAUUAAAGCAAGAGAGCAUACGUUUUUUUUUCUGGAAAAAGGUCGGCUCAAAGUUCUAAAUUUUCCAUCUAGAAAAAUCAUGCUACACCACAGAAUAAUUUAUCACGCAAAACGAAAAUAAAUCAAUACAGUAUUUAUUUAGAGACAUUACAAAACAAAGAGAAAAAUUCAGAUUUAAUAAAAUAUGUAUUUAAAUUUUAUACUCUUGCCGCCAUUUCCGAAUUUCGUUUAGUGUCGUUUUUGUAAACUUCGGAAAUACUCUGGAGACAUGGCUUGCAGACUAUGUAUAAUGUGUUAGUGAAACCAUUUGUAACUACGUUGGCCUCAUUUCUUGUUAAGUGUUUUACAAAAUCCCUUUAAGCAGUAUUGGCUUCAAUCAAGAUGUAAAAUAAUGUAAUCAGCUAAAAAUGGUUCGUUUUUCUUGGUAAUAGUUUAUUAUUAAAUAAUCUUUAUUUGAUCCAUUUAUAAAGGCCUUUCCCUCCAAAGAGGACCCAAAAUCAGUCAACGCUGAAAAGGCAUACAGAAAACGAAUCAAAAACAAAAAAGUAAACAAACAUAAUAAGAAACCAACGAAACAAUUAGUUUUCGUUCGUUUAAAAUGCCUCAUGCCUACCUAAACAAAAUUACGUUUGAAUGGCACUACUGAUAAUUCGCCGUGCGGCCAACUCUCUCUUUGCCAACUGGCGCUCAAGGUUUUCAUUGUACACGGUGCUGAGAACUGUACCAAAAAAUGCAGCAAACUCAUCACAUCUUUGGUUACUUUCUGCGGCAUUAUUAAUUAGAAAGAAGCGAAUAAGAUACUAUAAGAUAAACAGCUGGGAAUAUUUCAUUAUAAUUAAAAUCAUGCUUUUUCAAACAUUAGACAGCUGCAAGCCAACGGCGUCAGCUUAAUUUUUUUUAACAAUUAUCAUGCGAAAAAAGCUCUAAUUGAGCUUUAAUGAGUGUUUGCACAUGACGUUCCUAAUUCAUUAAAAUUUUGCUCAAGGAAACUGAAAACGUUUUAGUUUAUCUUUAAGUCCACAAACAUGUAAAUGACAACGACAACCUGUAAAGUUUUUACGUUAACCCAAUAAGAAAUUAGAGAAUUGGCAAUUAUUUAGGCGUAAUAAUGAUGGAAUAUUGUAGAUAUACACCUGUUGUGUGUGCUAUAAUUUCGUUAUUUAUAGCUUACUGGAAUAUUGCAAGAAGUGCGGACACUUUUCGUUAUUUUUUUUUAGUGUGUCUUUGGGCAUUUAUGUGUCCCAGCAGUGACCGUUCGUGCUUCGCGUUAACGUAAGGGUGCUUUUCAAAAGUCAGAACUGGCUGGUCAGACCGGUCAUUUUGAAAAUGAAGUUUAAGUCUUUUCUCGAAAUUUUCACUUACACCCCUCACAGCCAUGCAUACCAUUUAAGAAUAAACUGAUGUGGCUGGAUAAUCCUGAUUAAUAGUGGAAUUCUCUUUCCGAUUGGACUGCUGUGGCCUGCAAAUUUUAACCAGGCAUAAUUUCAACAGACUAAAUUACUGCUAAGAAAAGGAUCUCUCAAAAGAAAUUGAAAGAGUAAGUACAUAUUUUGAAUUUCAGCUCCACCUCUGACUGCAAAUAAUUUUGACGCUGGAUUGCUAACUACUGCGUGUCGUCGUUGACCAGUAACUGCUUCGAUGUGAUUGAAGAACGAUUUUAAUAGUGUUAGAAAUAAAUCUUGAUUUCUGCAAAAGAUAAUUACGAACACGAUCAUAAUACGGCGGUCAUUAUUAACUUGUCAAAAAACUAUUCAAUGUACAUAAUGUCGUCAUUGCCAAUUUCUAAAGGCAUCAGGCGGUUCCACCAAUAAGAUCGGAAAAACACUUUGUUCUGAGAAAUACGACAGCUGCAUUUCAGUUAAUUAGAAAGAUAGCAUUUGAUCAGCUGUGAAUUUAGCUCAAGCUCAAGUAAACAGUUCGCGCGAAAAAUUUUAAGUUUGUGCCAAUAUUUACGUUGAUUAUUUUGGAAGAGCAUUUUGUACAGGCUACGUUAGGCUUAAUCUGUUACUCGGUAUUAAAAGCUGCUGAUGGCUCAGCUAGGAGACCACUUCAGAAAAAUGGCUACAGCACAACAAAUGGUAUCGGGGAACGCAUCCCAUUGGAUACACGGUAAAUUAUGUUCACUUAGUUAUGUUCCACUUGCUUUUCCAAGAAGUUUCGUCUUGUUUUGUCGAAAAUAUUGAGUGCCGUUUUGCCAGCAGUUAAUGGUCGACUUUUACUUUGUACUAUAUAAGUCCAAAGGGGGGUUUCCAAGAGUUUGCAUUACAGAGCCGGUUGUCGAUAGUCGUGGAAAGUUUGGCUUCUUCUCAAAAAUGUUACUGUCUUUGGAAACAUAAGUUGUUAAGAAGAAUUUCAUACUCAGUUCAAGGUAGCCUGUUAACCGAAAUAUUUAGCGUUAUUACAGUCGAAUUCAAGCGGUGUACUGAGCAGUGAAUAAGUUUAAGCAAAAGAGAAAUUUACUACACGCUGUUAUUAAAACGCCAGACCUCUUUUCUAGCAGUAUAAGCAUAGCAGGGAGUGGUUUAUAAGAAAGGAUUUUCUGUCUCGCGCGAUAUCGGAGUUACGUAAUUUACGCCAAUGGUUCUUUGUACUCUGGUUCUAGAGCGCUCCAGUUCAAACCAUAUAAAAGAAAGUACUUUGAAGCCGUAAAGCCAAUGUAAAUUCAUUUUUCUCAGUUAGCUAAAGGCGAACUCAAAACAACUUCAAGUUGGUUUCUUUAACCUUAAGGCUCAAAUUUGUUUCCAGUCUAUAUAAAUUUUAAUCCGCCUGGCUUAGUUAUAUUUUCUCAGUCUACUGGGUUGUUGCUUGUGCUUGUACACGGAAUUUAACGAUGUUUACGGAAAAUAAAAUAAACUGAACCUUGUUAAGGACAACCGAGAUCCAAGAAUAAUUUUUAUUUAUACCCUAGUAUAGUUUUUUGUCGCACCUUAGUGUAUUAUUUUUUCGCUGCUCUUUCCUGUUUGUAGGUCUUACUUUAAAAUAUAUAACUGUAAGCUUCAGUUUACAUGUGCAUUGAAAUUCACGCUACUUACUAUUUUCGGUAUGUGUUUUUUUUUGCGAUCUAUUCCGUAUUGAAGUAAGAUAUAUACUUCAUGGAAAGAAGUGUGCGCAUGGGUACGCUAUUUACGCGCGAGUUGUUGACCUAUCCGAAAUCGAACGAGUGAUCGCAGGGAACGAGUAAGAUUUCGGAUACAAAAAGAACGCACCGACCGUGCCGAAAGCACUUUGCAUGUGGUUUUGUCUGUCACCUUUUUAUCGUAAUUAUUUCCAAGGUGCAAGAAAUGCUAAAAACAACUGCCGCCAAACGUCGUGAAACGAAAUAAAAGAAAACGACGUCGCCUUUCAGAUCAAAAACUAUAGUAGACAUUAUAACGAGGGUAAGGACGAUAGGAGGUUCAAGGAAUUAUAAGUAGUCCUAACAUAAUAAAAAAACCAUUGCCUGCGGAAAAUGAAUGAAUUUGGGUAAAAUGGCUGGUUUGACUUAAUAGCUAUAUAAACAGAGGCCAGCUACAAGUAAAGCUGACUUUCCGCCCUUCUACUGUUGUUUUGCAAGCUCUGUACAAUGAUUCUCUUCAGUGGCAAUGAAAUUUACAAGUCAUUCUAUUUACAAUUUCCGGACUAAUUGUCUAAUCUUUAUAUUCGCGUGUUCAUGCAAAUGCAAGCCUUAUUCCAUAUUGAAAAAUGAAAGAAACUGUAUUUUUAUAUAGCUUAUUGACUUUCAUAUUCUUCUACAGGUGGUAGCCAAGUGACUCCAAGAAUGCAUCACUUUCACACCUACCCAGCUACAAUGGGACAGAUGACGUGCCACCCAUUGCCAUUCAAUAAUAACCAAUCAGCGUUCACAAAACCUCAGACUUACGCACCUGCGUCAUGCUUGCCCUCCUUCUGUCCCGAAAGAAGAGUCCCGGAUGAUUUCCGUCAUACGUAUUUUCCUGGUACAUCGGUAAGAGACUACAAUUGGCCUGUUAGACAAACGUUCUGUGCGCCACUGGAAACAGGCAACGCUGUCCGUUAUCAACAAGAAAACCAUUACCACCAUCCCGCUUGUCACAUGAGCUAUUACAACUGUUGUACCCGCGUCUGGCGCUCUGUGGAUCAUUAUUACUCUUCACGAAAGAGGCCCCGAAUGGUUGAAGAUAAUUUGCCGAAAAGUACAGAGGGUUCGACUGACAUCUCUGGAAAAAAAGAAACAGCUGCACACAAACCCCUUCCCUCCCCUCCCCCUCUUAUAAGAACAUGCAUCAAACAGAAAGAGUCAAAACAACUGCAUUUGAAAAAGCUUGUUGAAAGGAAAACAUACGAAAAGGAUGUGUUAACCGAAGAACAUGUAUCCAAAAACAGAGAGCCUACUUCUAAGAUACAAGUUCCUGUAGUCGACUGUUCCAUGGCACAUCGCGAAAUAUCCAACGGCGGUUACAGGAGUGAGUUUAUGAAAAAGUUUUCAAAUGAAAGAAACGCGGAUAUUGAGCAACGCAAUCAAAAUUUUACCGGGCCAGAUGAAUUUGAAACUGAACCAAGAAAUAGCAGCCUAAAUGCUAAAUGGACAUCAGUGAACGACACACAAAAAAGCUGUAAGUCAACGCGAGGGGUCGAGAAGAAGCUUUGUAGUAACAGACAAGUGGAAAAACAAGUAGAGCAACAAUUACCGCUACAACAUACCGUUGAACGCUUUCGCUUGGCCACAGGAGAAAAUGCACAGCGGUUGGGUCAGACAACAGCGCUUAGGAAAGAGAAACAACGCAGUGUUAUCGUACAGAAUGAUAACUACAAAGUUAAUAAACGUAGACAUUCACAUUAUGAGAGUAUGCCCCAGGAAGGCCAAAUUAUGCCACAAGAAGGACUAAAGAGGAGACGAUCCUUUCCUAUAACUGAGCGACGAGAUACAUGUUGCGACAACGGUGAUGAUUUCUACGAAACAAAACCGAAAGAUCAUAAUGCGGAGUAUGGAGUGCCUUUGUUUAAGGAUUGUUGUGAAACGAAAACAAUGGUUCCUAAGCGUUUAAUUCAGAAUGGCCAGCAAAGGCAUUUGUCAAAUGGUACAGUUCACCCGCAACUGAAGUUCUAUCCGCAACCUAAUACAAAUCUCGAAAGGCACAGAUCAAAGUCAUUCGAUGCUCCAAAAAUUCAGACUUCCACGUCACAGUCUUUGUGUCAAAACCUCCAACCGGAAAAUUUUUCUUACAGAACAAAAAAGCAAAGCGAAGUGCUUUGCGAGCCAGUUUUGAGGGACAAAUCAGUGGAGCAUGGUCAUGUUGACUUAUGCAGCCCUACGAUUAGUGGGCGAUAUGGACACGAACACGAAGCAAAGGUGAACUUUGUCUCAUCAAACGAAAAAGGGCCAGGGCCAAAAUCAGGACAUUGGGAAACCGUAUCUUACAAGAAUUCAAGUGCAAGCUUAAACGGGUUAGCCUCAACUCGCAAGGAAAUUCGUCAACAAACUUUGAUAGAUCAGUCACAAGCAACCAUGAAAAUUGAGAGGAUGCCUCAACAACAGCCAAAUAUCAGCAAGAGGGGAUGCAAUAGUGACAGUAGCAUGCUGCAUUUUCAGGAAAACCAGCCGUUGUCAUGUGAUAAUACAGGAUACAUACCCAAGUAUUUAGAUGCAAAUCAGACAGGUGUAUUGACGCAUUGUGACGUGUCACGUGACCAGGACAAAAAGUCGCCGCAUGUGACUAACAACCAGGUUACCGUUGGUGGAAAGGUUCGUCAGUUUGGAAAUGUAACGAGUUCAGUGUCACCCAAUGGUCCUCAAAUCAUAGGGCCCAUUAGUUUGAGUGAACUGCAGAAGCGGAGGACUGCAUUAUCGCAGAGUCAUGUCAGUUUUAACAACACCAGACCAAACAUGAGCCGCAUUUUAAAUAAUAGAACAGCGGUUAACGAUCAAAAAUCACAUGAUCAAGAAGCCAUGGAAGAACCAAAACUGCACAGGAAAGACAUUAGCUCAGCUAGUCUUCAACAAACUGCCCUCAACUUUCCCGAAAUUGAGCAUCAAGAUCAUGAAGUGAAAAUAUCAGUUGUCUCAACUGAUUAUUCAAACAGUGUUAAUAGCCAAAGUUUGAAAGAUGAGCCAGCCGAGCAGCCAACGUCUCAAUCACGGACCCUUCCACCCCUCCCUUCUGGUAAAGACUUGGACAAAAUCGACUCAGGGUGUGGUGGCUAUGCCAUUGAUCACAGUGCUAUGCCCAGAAUUGUGGCCGUGCAUUCCAUUGUAACAAACGACGAAAGCUUGAAAGAACAAGAAAGCGACUUGUUUUCCUUGAACGAUAAAAAAUACUGGAAGGAUCUCCUGCGCAAGCUGACCUCUGAUGUAGGUGACAGUGACGAGUCUAAAACCUUUAAGAUUACUCAAGCAAACAGCCCUGAAAUGAAUAAAGUUGACGAUCCAAAAGACAUUGAGUAUCAGCAGGACAAUGAUUCUACUAUGGAACAGGAAAACGAAAGCAAACCGGAUGAGUUAAACAAGGUUAAUAAAUGGACUCUUUGGAAAUAUCUCUCUACGCCAUCGAAAGACCUAACAAUAGAGAUAAAAUGCCCAUCAACAGACUGCGACGAAAUUUGUGAUGCAAAGAAGAAAACCCAGCCAGUUCGUAGAAAACUAACAGUGAGAGAACUGAGCGAUAAAAUUUUGUAUACUCGAGAGAGAAUAAAGAAAGAGGAAAUUCCCUGGAAAAAGAAACUUCUUGUCAGUCUGGAAGCCACAUUUAUCAAACGACUAAGAAAAACAGAAAAGGAAACAGGAGAAAAAGCUGACAAUUUUGUCCUGAAGCAAAACGAGGAUGACGAUGACUGCAAAGAAACUGGGGAAAGAAAGAAGUGUAACAAACAAGGGAAAAAGAAGAAAACUGUAGCUAAAAGCUAAUUAAAAAUUAAACACUAGUUUCAGUUGAUUUUGGCCUACUCGAGGAAGACUCUUCAUGAACAGAGUAAGAUCUUUGUUGAGCAUUUGCUUCAUAUUACUUGAACACAGUUUCGCGAGGCGUAAUAGCCAAGCGUCUGGUACAGGGGGCUAAAUUACAAACACCGGUUUGUAAACAAGUCAGAUUGACUGACCAGCCGAGAAGUUCGGGCUGCGGCUGGUUCAAAGGCUCGAUGCCCUUCAGGUAGAGCGUCUUUUUCUCCCUUUCGAUCAAGAUAACGACAAAAGGAGCCUCUGGUCCUGCACGGGGUGGCAAAUAAAGUACUUAAUUAAUUCUGAAGAAGGUUUUGUGCAACGUCGUCUAAGAGCAUUUCUCGCCUCUAUUUUGAAUGUCGAGUCGCUCGGUAUCAAUUUUCCUGCUUCCUGAGAUUGUAUGAAAGGUUAAGAGAAGAAAUUAUUCCUUUUGAGAAAUAUCCUUUUACUUUUUUUCAAAAUUAGUUAAACUUAUUAUAAGAGUAGCACUGUUAAAAGAAAUGCGAGUGAUAAGGAUCACAUUUACCAUGUUAGGUUUUUAAUUGACGUAAAUUUUAACUACAGUUUAUCGCAAGCAACUCGAUUUUAUAUCCGUGAAUACCCAUUUUUAUCGUCUUUGUACGCUAAGUACCGGAAAUAGUUGUUGUUGUUGUGUUAUUAAUAUUGUGAGUGACAGCUGUAAGAUAACUCGCCAGUGGCUG